GCGUUUUAAAAGCAGCCAACUCUCCAACUACAUGACAAUUACACGAAGAUACAGACGAGAGCACAUCUUCUAUCAAAACCUUCAAACCUUCAAAGUACCUUCUGCCUCUUCAAGAUGGUGAAAGAGAGUGACAACGGGAACUCUGUUGUUGGGUCAGAGACGUCCCGCAGAUGUGGCCAGUCCUGCCUCGGUCCUUUGACCUUCCACCCUCUGGCUGUGGGAGACAUGGUCACUCUGAGCAAUGGGUGUCGACGCGCAGAGAGGACGAGGAACACGUUCAAGAACGGCCUGGUGUUCAGCAGCCGCCCGGUAAAGAUCCAGGAGAAGAUUCGUCUGAGGGUUGAGAAAGAUUUGUUCAACUGGCAAGGAGCUAUGCGUGUGGGCUUCACCAACGUGCCGCCCUCGGACAGAUCUCUGCCUCUGCCCAUCAUGGCCAUCCCCAACCUCACUGACACCCAAGGGCACUGGGCUGCCCCAGUGCCUGAAUCCCACUGCCAAGCAGGUUCAGAGCUGGAGUUCUGGCUCUCUGGUAAAGGCUCCGUAUACGUCACAAGCCACAACAUCAUGCGGCACAAGCUACUGACAGGAGUGAAUCUCAGCAAGCCGCUAUGGGCCAUGAUAGACAUCUAUGGACAGACAUGCGCCAUUUCCCUCCUAGGCUCAGAGAAAAGGGAGCUGUUUCACACCAGACGGUCCUGUCCUGCACCUGAACACCUCACCUCACCUGAUGCAGAUAGCCUCAACAGUUUGAUUCCUGUCUCAAGCCUCCAUGGAAACAGUGAUGAAAGCAUCUCCUGUCUUGACAUGAAAGUCCCAUCAGAUGGAGGCAACGUAAUGGACUGUGUGGUGUGCAUGGAAAAACAGGCCAGAAUCACUUUGUCUUGCGGCCACCAGUGUUUAUGUAACCGGUGCGCUUUUAGAGUCUUCCAAACGUUUGGCACAUGCCCGCUGUGCCGAUACAAGAUCAGCGCUUCAUCAGUGGGGGGCGUGUGAGGUUUGUCUCUGGGCUGUUCUAAGCUCCAAGACAACAGGAAACACCAAAUACAAGCUACUGAGUGACUGUGACAAAGAAAACACUUUGAGUAGCACCUACUUAAUGUUGCCUGGUAGCUGCAUCAAUCGAAUCCCAGCCAGGAACCUUUGUCACAUGUCAUUGAACUCCCUCAAAUGUUGUACAGCAUAUGUGUAAGAUAAGAUGUACUGAGAUGUUGAGGUGAAUACAUGAGCUCAUCGUGUGAAAGAAUGUAGGAAACUUUGAUGCUUUACUACAUUUUUUAUUGUGAUUGUUAAAUAUGGAUAGAAUCAAGCAUGUAACCUUUUGAUGAAGCCAAUCAAUGACAAAUACUUUUUUGCACUCAUUUCAGCACAAAGUGUAAUGUCAUUUACAGUCACUGCACAGUGUAUUUUGCCUCCUUGAUGUUGUAAAUAUUGAAUGAAUCUCUAAUUUUGUAAAAAGAAAAGUAAUAAUUUAUAUUUUUAUAUUAUUUAAUUGUCAAAAUAUGACAAUA